AUGGGUUUGAGAGAUGUUGGAGCAUCUUUGCCUCCUGGAUUCAGAUUUUGCCCAAGUGAUGAUGAGUUAGUUUGUCACUAUCUAUACAAUAAGGUUUCAAAUGAUAUUCAACACCCUGCUCUAAGGGCCACUACUCUUCUCGAAAUCGAUCUCCAUAAGUGUGAACCAUGGCAGCUUCCUGAAGUGACAAAACUCAAUGCGGAGGAAUGGUACUUUUUUAGCUUUUGCGAUAGAAAGUAUGCCACGGGCUCUAGGACUAACCGAGCCACGACUUCUGGUUAUUGGAAAGCUACUGGAAAAGAUAAGUUGGUUCAUGACCCAAGGACACAUGUUAUUGUGGGGAUGAGGAAAACUUUGGUUUUCUAUAGGGGUCGUGCACCUAAUGGGAUUAAAACCGGUUGGAUCAUGCACGAAUUCCGACUUGAGAACCCUCAUAUUCCCCCUCAGGAGGAUUGGGUGUUGUGUAGAGUAUUCUUGAAAAACAGAGGAGAAAAUAAGAUCAAUAACAACACGGAUAACUGUAACAACAUUUGUUACGGCCAAAAUAUGUUAGUAGAUACAAAGGGUGGUGUCACUUCCACAGCUUAUGAUCAACCUUUAUGUCAUUCCAUUUCUCGAAGUUCUCCGGGCGCUUUGAACCAAAGCACCACCACCAUCUUGAAUUUGACAACGAUGAACCCUAUCAUUGAUUUUCAAACGUUUCAAGACCCAAACAACGUUGUCACUUUUAGUGACGAUAACUCCAAGUAUGAACAUAUGUACGAAUUCUUGCUUGAUGGAGUAAGUGGUUGUUUAGGAGAAGACAUGUCUAUGCUUGAUCAACACUCAGAGGAUAUGGGAUUUGAUUUGGACAACAGCCUUUAG